AUGGUGAAGAUUGCAAUAAUUUUCAUGUUUUUUGUGAUGCUAUGCAAUGGUUCUUCUGUCUACAAAGUUGGCGACUCGGCCGGUUGGGCCGUCAUCGGCAACUUGGACUACAACAAAUGGGCUUCCUCCAAGUCCUUCCAGCCUGGCGACACCUUCCUUUUCCAAUACAACCCAUCGUACCACAACGUGCUACAAGUGAGCCGGUCGGACUUCCACACGUGCGAUGCCACAUCGCCGAUUGCCACCUAUACAACCGGCAACGACUCAAUCGUCAUCCGUAGCCCGGGCCACUACUACUUCAUUUGCGGGUUCAUGGGCCAUUGCCAGGCAGGUCAAAAGGUUGACCUAAGGGUGCCAAGAAAUAUAGGGCCCGACGAGAGCCCGAUCCCUAGCCCGAUUUUGCCCAGCAAUGUAUCAUCCAUUCCGGAGGCCUCUGCUGACGGGCCAAUGGCGCCCGGCCCAUCUCACAGCAAUGGACAUUUUGUCGUGUUUCACCAUGCCCUAUUAUGUUUCGGUUUCGGGCUUUUGUUUAUUUUUAUUUGAUUUGUGAAUGUUUAUGUAUUUUCGUUUUAAUCCUUGAGGGAUUUGGGUAUCUCCCGUACUCGACUUUUAGUAUUUGA